CUCCCGCUUCCUCCGCCCCCUCCGGCGCGCAGCCUGCGCACAGCGCAGCGCCGGCGUACGAGCAGCCCCGCCCCCCGCAGUGGCCCGCCUGCACCGUCACCGUCAGCUGCUACCAGCGGCCCAUCACCACACCUGUGAUGUAUUCAGCUGCCAAUAGUGGCCAAGAACCGUCCAACUUCUACUCAACCGGCCAAUCGUACCGUGGGUACCAGCCGUACUCUCUGCCCACAUCCGCAGAGACGGCGCGACAGCCGCAACAGCACCAGCAACACGUGCAUGGCGUAAUGGAAGAUGCGCCCACGCAGCACGCCCAUCACCCACAGCACGCCCAGCACCAGCAGGUCUCGCAGAGCCAACAGGAGAUGGCUCACCACCGCCUCAAUAGGUCGUACCAGGUGAUUUACAAUUACCUGGCUUGUGCGGAGCAACAGAGUGCUACCGCCUUCACCGAAGUUUUAAAAAAAUCUGUAGUUUCUCUGUACAUAGGACAUUUACAACAGUUUGGCGAAGACAGUCAACACAAGAACUUCGAUUAAAGUGAAUAAUUCUCUACGGACCUUAUCACUGUGGUUCAAUUGUGUUAUCACAAAAUUAUAUAACAAAAUUAAAAUU